AAAUAGAUAAUUGCUGUAAAUACCGUAACCACAUGAAUAUUUGAUAUUGUUGCAUCGAGUCUGCAAGAUUUUUUAGUGUAAGCACACAGACGGAGAUCAUAUGGGAAAGGAAGGUGGUGAAGAAGAUGUACUUCCACUUCCAUUGUUUGAGACAAAAGAAGCAAGAUUUGUAGGUGCAUAUAAGGUGUUAGCUUUCACAGUCUUUGUGGGAAUAUGUUUGAUAUGGGUUUACAGAUUGACACACAUGCCAAGAGCUGGAGAACAAGGGAGAUGGGCUUGGAUUGGUGUGUUCAUGGCUGAGCUAUGCUUCGGUUUGUACUGGAUACUCACUCAGUCUUGUCGUUUUAAGGUUGUUUACCAUUACCCUUUCAAGGAAAGACUCUCAUACAGAUACAAAGACCAGUUACCGAGUGUUGACAUUUUCGUCUGUACAGCAGACCCUAAGAUGGAGCCACCAACGUUGGUGAUCAACACCAUUUUUUCAGUCAUGUCAUACAAUUAUCCACCUGAGAAGUUGAGCAUUUAUCUUUCUGAUGAUGGUGCGUCAGAGCUGACAUAUUAUGCUCUCCUAGAGGCCUCUAGUUUCUCUAAGCACUGGAUACCCUUUUGCAAAAAAUUCAAUAUCCAACCAAGGUCCCCGAGUGCCUACUUUGCUCAGCAAAUUGAUGUUCAAGACAUCACAUAUGGCCAAGAAUGGUUGGCUAUGAAGAAACUAUACAAAGAAAUGGAAGAUCGCAUUGACUUAGUUGUUGAAAUGGGCAAGAUUCCAAAAGAAACAAGGGAUCGACACAAAGGAUUUUUAGAAUGGAACUCCAAAGUAACAAAGCAGGAUCACCAGUCAAUUGUACAGAUUAUAAUUGAUGGAAGAGAUAAAAGCAUGGUGGAUAUUGAUGGAGGAAGAUUGCCAACACUAGUAUAUAUGGCACGAGAAAAAAGACCCCAAUGGCCUCACAACUUCAAAGCUGGGGCUAUGAAUGCAAUGAUAAGAGUGUCUUCAGAGAUAAGCAAUGCCCCCUUCAUCCUCAACUUGGACUGUGACAUGUAUGCAAAUGAUGCAGACACAAUAUGUGAGGCACUAUGCUUUUUCACGGAUGACAAGAGAGGCCAUGAGAUCUCUUUUGUGCAAUAUCCACAAAAUUAUGACAACAUCAUGACGAAUGACAUUUAUGGGUGUUCUUUUUCGGUUCCUAGUAAUAUUGAGUUUGCUGGUCUAGAUGGAUAUGGUGCAGCCCCCUAUUGUGGCACCGGAUGUUUCCAUCGAAGAGAGAGUCUUUGUGGAAAGGCGCAUUCAAAGGAUUACAAAGGAGAAUGGAACAUAAAAGCCAAAAAGAAUGCAGAUAAAACUAUUGAUGAAUUGGAAAAGGAAUCAAAAGUUCUUACUAAUUGUAUCUAUGAGAAGGACACUCAAUGGGGGAACAAGAUGGGUCUAAUUUAUGGGUGCACGUCCGAAGAUGUUGUAACUGGUUUGGCUAUCCAAUGUAGGGGUUGGAAAUCAAUUCAUCAUAAUCCAAAUAGAAAAGCCUUCUUGGGUGUUGCUCCAACUACCUUAGAUGCUGCUCUUGUUCAACACAAGAGGUGGUCUGAAGGCAUGUUUCAGAUAUUUUUCUCCAAGUAUUGCCCUUUUAUAUAUGGGCUUGGCAAGAUAAAAUUGGGUGCCCAGAUGGCAUAUUCAAUUUACCUUUUGUUUGCUCCAACUUCCAUCCCGACACUCUAUUAUGUGAUUGUUCCUCCUCUUUGCUUGCUCCAUGGCAUUUCCUUAUUCCCUCAGGUUAAAAGCCUAUGGUUCUUGCCCAUUGCCUAUGUUUUUGUAGCCCGAAAUGCUUGUGGCAUAGCUGAGGCCUUGAGCUGUGGUGAUACACUCAUAGCUUGGUGGAACUCACAACGAAUGUGGGUGUUUCGAAGAACUACUUCAUACCUUUUUGGGUUCAUUGACGUCGUUAGAUGGCAAUUAGGCCUAUCUAAAACAACAUUUACCAUCACCACUAAGGUGAAUACAGAGGAUGUCCUGAAGAGGUAUGAGCAAGAAGUACUAGAGUUUGGAAGCUCAACUAUUGUGUUUACAAUUAUAGCAUCAUUGGCACUACUGCACCUCUUUAGCUUAAUUGGGGGAAUCACAAAGAUUGUUCUUGAAUUGGAGUUCAAGUCGUUAGAACAAUUGAUCCUACAAGUUAUUCUUAACUUGCUACUUGUCAUGAUCAACAUACCAGUGUACCAAGCACUCUUCAUCCGCCAUGAUAAUGGUCGCUUACCAUCCUCAAUUUUGUUUAAGUCUUUUGUAUUAGCUUCACUGGCUUGUUUGAUGCCUAUAAUUUAACACUGUUUACUGUAAUGUAGAUUGUAUCAAUCUUAGUAUCCAUGUGGUAUGUAUCUCCUUCAUUAAAAAACAAAAAAGUGGUAUGUAUCUCUUUGUUUAAAAUAUGGCAUUGGAUUUGACUUGUAAUGUUGAAGGUUA